GUGUUGUCUGUUACCAGUAACGCCAAGGACUUUUGUUUGGCGCCUUUACGGGCCGGUCUGGUUUUACUGAUAAAUUUGUGAAUUUCUCUCCAACAAACUAAAGUUAUUGUUAAAUAUAAUGGGCGACAAAGGUGACGGAGAAACCUUUGAUGAUGCGGUUGAAGAGAGGGUAAUCAAUGAAGAGUAUAAAAUAUGGAAAAAGAACACUCCAUUUUUGUACGAUCUGGUUAUGACACACGCUCUGGAGUGGCCCUCGCUAACUGCCCAGUGGCUACCUGACGUGACCCGGCCUGAAGGAAAGGAUUAUUCGGUACAUAGAUUAAUCUUGGGUACUCACACAUCAGAUGAACAGAAUCACUUGCUGAUUGCAAGUGUACAGCUUCCCAAUGAAGAUGCACAGUUUGAUGCGAGCCACUAUGACAAUGAUAAAGGUGAAUUUGGUGGCUUCGGAUCAGUGUCAGGUAAAAUUGACAUUGAGAUCAAAAUCAACCAUGAGGGUGAAGUGAACAGGGCUCGGUACAUGCCUCAGAACCCCUGUGUGAUUGCCACCAAGACUCCUUCCUCUGAUGUGUUGGUCUUUGACUACACUAAGCAUCCAUCAAAGCCUGAACCUUCUGGGGAAUGCCAUCCUGAUCUCAGAUUGCGUGGUCACCAAAAAGAGGGCUAUGGUUUAUCCUGGAAUCCAAACCUUAAUGGUUAUCUGCUGUCAGCGAGUGAUGACCAUACAAUAUGUCUUUGGGACAUUAACGCGACGCCGAAGGAAGGUCGCGUCAUUGAAGCUAAGUCGGUGUUCACUGGACACACGGCCGUGGUUGAGGAUGUCGCCUGGCAUCUCCUGCACGAAUCACUAUUCGGAUCUGUGGCUGAUGAUCAGAAACUUAUGAUUUGGGAUACUAGAUGUAACAACACAUCAAAGCCCUCUCACACAGUAGACGCGCAUACUGCUGAAGUCAACUGUCUCAGCUUCAAUCCCUACUCUGAAUUCAUUCUAGCUACAGGCAGUGCUGAUAAAACGGUAGCGCUGUGGGACCUCCGGAACCUGAAGCUGAAGCUGCACUCAUUUGAGUCACACAAGGACGAGAUCUUCCAAGUCCAGUGGUCGCCGCAUAACGAGACCAUCCUUGCCAGCAGUGGUACCGACAGAAGCAGGCUUCACGUGUGGGAUCUGUCGAAGAUAGGCGAGGAGCAGACGGCCGAAGACGCGGAGGAUGGUCCUCCUGAGUUAUUGUUCAUCCACGGUGGACAUACAGCUAAGAUAUCAGACUUCUCAUGGAACCCUAACGAACCGUGGGUUAUCUGCUCUGUGUCCGAAGACAAUAUUAUGCAGGUAUGGCAGAUGGCUGAGAACAUCUACAAUGACGAGGAGCCCGAGACGCCCGCGUCGGAGCUGGAAUCUGGUGUGAAUGUGAACCACGGCUAGCUCCGCGCCUGCGUAGCCGGACUCCAGCAUACGAGCCUCCACUGUAUGACUCUAUGUACGUAAUGUGACAACACAACCACAUGCAGUACGCGUUAAUACAAUAGAUUAUAUUACAGCAACAUAAGACAAUUAGGGCCGAUUUUUCAACUAACAGAUUUUUUUUCAUAGAGUAAUAUUGACCUCUGACAGUUUGUGUAUGGAAAAUCUAUCAACAAUUAAAAAUUAUUACUCCAAUAAAGUUAUGUGGCGUUGGAAAUAUCGGCCCUUAGAGAAACCUUGUCUCCUCAACAGAUAUUUAUUCUAUUUCUUCUAUUCCGUAUGCACAAUGGCGUAAACCUAAACAGUUACAGUUCCUUAGAAAAUAUGAAUGUUACUGUCUCUUUCACCCUUAAAUUGUUAGUGCUUAGUAGUAUCACAUUUCUUCUAUGAAAUCCACUAUGUUUCUAACUCCAGAGCCACUUAACGCGUACUGUACUGUCACCCGGGCUCUAUACCAAGUUUCAGUUUAAAAUAUGGAAAUUAUAUGUAGAGCUCUUUCACGAUAAUAAAUUCGUUCUUAAAGUUAAUACAGUGUGUUGAAUUUGUUUCCAAUUACGCUCUGUUAGGCCAAAAAUAAGUAUGUAAAUUAGGCAAAUUGGUUUUUAUUUUUAUGUUCUCGACUUCUACCAUGCUGCUAUGAUUUUUUAAAAUUAAUUGUCAAAUUACUAUGUGUAAUUUUGUGAUGAAGGCAACUGAUCAGAAUUGGAUGUGUUUAGGUAGUGCUUGGGUGUUAUUUCGUGGCGUUAUUGUUAUUGAAAGAAAUAAAAUAGAAAGUAUUGAAAUAUCAUAAUUAAAUUAGUGAAAAUAAAUGUGUAGUUUUUCUCUGAGCAGUGGCAACAAUUGCAACUCAUUUGUUUGUCGUCGUAGGUAAACUAAGCCAACAUGUCCCGAAUACACAUCAAACCGCGCCUACACUCUAAAAAUGAUCAACAAUGAAAGAGCUCUGGAAACAGUAAUUUGAGUCUUAUGUCCGUAAACUAUAGAUGUAAAAAUUAUUGAUAUGGUCAACAAGUACAUAACUUGUACGAUAUUAGAUGUUAAGAAAAAAAAACAUACAAAACUGCAAUCAUAAUUUGCAGUGAAUUUGUUAUUGAAUGAGGAAAGAAAUUUGAAUAUUUUUGCAUAAUCUGAAAAUUAUUUUUGAGUCCAUAUUUUGUACUUUAUUAUGCAGUUUGGUUGCUCAUAUGUUUUGAUAUAGUCCACUGGUAGGAACAGUUUGUAUGAAAAUUCAUUUCCCACUACCCUCUGUCAUAUUGAAAAAAUGUCUCUUGAUUUAUGGGAAUAUCUCUCACAGACCAACAUAAUUAUGUUUGAAAUCACAUUUGAAUGGAGGUUAUCGUUCUUUACUAUCCCUAACUGUCGCCACUAACAUUUAAAAGUUGGUGUAACAAUAUGGGGCAGUUGAUGCUAUUCUGUUUGUGCCACACAAUCUGAACAAACAAGUGCGCAAAUAUCUGGCGCUGGCUUAACAGAGACUAGAAAUAAGAACUAUUAUAAAGUUAAAAGUUCGAUGGUUCAAGUGUCUGUCAUCACCACUCGACACUGGCAGUAUAGCCGACAUAAAUAAAUGGGAAACUCUUGCUAUUCAAGAAACUUUCAUUUAAGACUUUCACUGCCAAUAAAAAACUGUUAAAGGUAAAUCCUCCGCUAAUGCCGGUCACCGGUGACCCCCAUGGCGUGAUAAACAGAUUCUGAUGAUUAUAUAAAAUAGAUCAGAUCUCAUUUCGAUAUCGUCCCUAAUGAGGGGAUUAUGAUAAAAAUAAACACAUUUUCAGCUAUUAACUGUCAAACACCGCGAGGACACCGGUGUCCGCACACCUUCUUUGUGUCUAUAAUGACGGUACUGAAAUAGCUUUAAAAUUACAUUUUGUAAAUGUUUCUACCCUUGGACUAUUCAAAAUGGGAAGGGUCCAAUUAUUUGUGGUCUGUAUGCACAAGAAUCUCCCAAAAAAUGUCACUAUAAUGAAUUAAAAAAUAUUUUUGUAUAAGUGGAAUUUUCUAUUUUAUUUUGUUCUAAAGUAAAUGUGCGUAUGGACCACGGACGUGUGAGAAACAGAACCCACAUCAUAGAGACACCUCGCUAGCCAACACUGGUUAAUUCCAUUUUAAUUUAUUGUUUCUUAUCCAAUAAGUCAAAGGAUGUGUUUCUGUUGUAAUUGUCAUUAUUAUUAUAUUAAGAGCCUCUUUCACACCCAGUAUUCCGUAUUAUAUAGUCUAUGAUUUAUAUAAACUACAAGAAAAAAUACACCUGUAGCCAGUAGCAUUUGAUAGCUUAGCUGUCAUAGUAUGUAUGUAAUACGUAAACAUUUCACUACUGAGAAUGAUGAUACGCUGAGCUAUCGAAGUGUAGUAUCUUGUUGUAAUGCAUGUUCAAUGUUAAGUGUACCGAGUUUCACACCAUACUAGCACAAAGUGAAAGAUGCUCUUACUCUGGUGACGCGACUGACCGAUGGUAUUUUAUAAUGUUAAUGCAGUAAUGGAAUAAUUUUUAAGCUCUGCUAAUUAAUUACCUAUUAUGAUUAAAAGUAUCGUAAUAAUA